AGUUUUCGACAUUCGACAUUUGACAAAAAAGAUGGCAGCGAUCGCCGACUGCUGUCCUUCGGAUUUAUUGCGAAAAUGGCGCAUUAUGUGAUAUUUUCACAUAAAAUAAUAAUUAUAAGUGAAAAAUUGUGUAGUGCUGCUUUGUGAUAGUGUAUAGUUUUACAUAAAUGACAGUGUAAUCGUGUGUAAAUAGGACUGCGACUUUCUUCAGCAUAUUGGAUUACACAUAAAAUUAAGUCACCAUGGUGGUAGGCGAGAACAAACGUACCAACAUCAUGGACGGCAUCGAGAACACAGGGGACGUGCGGCUGCACGACCACAGGCUACGGCUCAAGCAGAGGUUUGAUAUAGUAAGAAAGUUAGGACAAGGAACAUACGGCAAGGUGCAGCUCGGUAUCAACAAGAAGACUGGACAGGAGGUGGCAAUAAAGACCAUCAAGAAAUGCAAAAUCGAAUCGGAGGCGGAUUUAAUCCGUAUCCGGCGGGAGGUACAGAUCAUGUCCUCUGUCAGACAUCCCAAUAUUGUACAUAUCUAUGAAGUAUUUGAAAACAGCGAAAAGAUGAUUCUAGUUAUGGAAUAUUGUUCUGGGGGAGAAUUGUACGAUUAUCUUAGUCAGAAAAAAGUAUUACAAGAAGAUGAAGCGAGGAGAUUAUUUCGUCAAAUCGCAACCGCUGUGUAUUACUGCCAUAUACAUAAAAUAUGCCAUAGAGACUUAAAAUUGGAAAAUGUUUUACUUGAUGACACUGGUAGUGCUAAGAUUGCAGAUUUCGGUUUAUCAAACGUUUUCAAAGAGACGUCGCUUCUGUCGACGUUCUGCGGGUCACCUUUGUAUGCGUCACCGGAAAUUGUAAAAGGCACUCCAUACAUAGGACCGGAGGUAGACUGCUGGUCCCUGGGCGUGCUGCUGUACACUCUAGUCUACGGAGCCAUGCCGUUCGACGGCUCCAACUUCAAGCGGCUCGUGCGCCAGAUCAGUAACGGAGACUACUAUGAGCCUAAGACUCCCUCCUCUGCUUCGCCCUUGAUCCGCGACAUGCUGACAGUGGAUCCUCUAAAGCGGGCGGACAUUGCCUACAUCUGUGACCAUCCAUGGGUGAAUACUGGGUGUCAGAUAUCUUGCCUGGAGAUGUCGGAGGCGCUGGCGGCGGAGACGCCGGUGCGGCUAGACCUGCUGCUGUCGCUGGCGCCGGCCGCGCGCUCCAACUGCAACUCUGUGCUGCUGCCAGAGAGCGAGCUGGGCCCCGAAGAAAGCGGCACGGACCUGACAAGUUCCACAUCGAUGGCCGUAGAGCCCAGCAACUCCGCUGAGAAGAGGAUUCUAGAACUUGUUGCAGAGGGCGGAGAAGACGCCAUCAAGCCAUCGCCGACGCGCACGAUCGUGUCGGCGGGAGACAACAAACGGAAACUAGAAAUUGCUAUGUCUGCCAGCGGACUGCAGAGGAAGAAAGAAAGAGUUGCUAGCUGUGCCAGCAUUGCGCCCCAGCCCGCGGUGCCAGAAGAAAACGCAGCCGAGCCGGCGGCCGAGGACAAAGCAGCGUCUUCAGAAGCGCCAUGUCUAAAGUCAUCGGCGACGAUAACCAUCCAGCCAGCGGCGGCGGAACUUGUCAAGGACCUCACAAGAGACCUUGUGAAGGAAUCAGAGGCCGAGCCUGCGCCCGCGGCGAAAGAAGAAAAUGAAGUUAAGAAGCCGGCCAAAACAAGAGUCACUAUUAAGAAGAAGGUGCCAGCCAAAGUCGAGGAGAAAGCCUCGCCAGAGAAACAGGAGCCUAAGCCAGAGGAACCAAAGGCGAACUCAGUAUCGACAACAGCAGACAAGUUGACGUCCCUGUCUCUGAGCCAGCCCCCCUCCCCGCCCGCCGCUGCCCCCGCGCCCGUCCCCUCUCCCACGCCUGCCCCCGCGCCUGUCGCGCCCUCUGUCACGAAACCGAAGAAACUGUCCAUACCAGGUGGCAAUGUUAACAACUUCAAAGAUCAGUUCGAGCGACGAGCGUCUCUCACCACACCUCCGGAGCCGAAGCGCACAGUUACUAAACCAGUAUUGUCAAAGAUUGCCAAACCGAAAGCACAAAGUGAAGAUCGUGAGCUGCCCAGCAAGGAGACUGGCUCCGUGCGGCUGCAGCAGAUUGGCAUCGAACCCUCGCCGACCAGUGCGAGGGGCGAGGCGGGUGCGGCGACGGGCGGCGUGAAGAAGACGGAGAGCGAGCCCUCGCACGGCUCCGCGGCCAUGGACGCCUCCGCGCUGCUGCAGGACGCCCGCAGAAGCCUCCAAAACUCAAUGGCGAAGUUGGCCGAAGAGAAGGCAGGGGAAGAGGGACGCAAACGUGCCAGAGAUAUCAUAUCUACAUACAUUCGGGCUGGCAAGCCUCCAGUGCCAUACGGUAGAUCGUCGUCGGCGGGCGUAACAUCGUUACUAUCGCCGCCGCAGACGCCCCCCGCCUCCGCAGGCCCCGCCCCGGUCGGAGCGGCGCCGUCGCAACCCUCGGCGCCGCGGGUGUUCCGCACGGAGGCGCAACACCGCAUUGAAGACCACCGUCCGAGAGGCGUGUCUGUGGAGCGCAUCAUCCCGAUCCACGUGUCGGAGUCCCCGCCCCCGCAGCCGCCGCCCCCCGCGCCCAAAACCGCGCCCGCCCCCGCCCCUGCACCUCGACACGAACACACACCUGUCAGACGCCUGGCGUCAUCGGAGUCGACCGCGUCGGAGGCGUGCAGCAGCCCGGGCGAGCCCAUCAAGAAGUCCGCGCGGGAGUUCAUCAUCCCCAUCGCGGUGGAGGGCAAGGGCUACGUCACGCCGCGCCAGCGCUCGCUGGAGCCCGACGUCGCGCGCGCGCAGCGUCCGCACAAGCCCCGCCGGAUCAGCAGCCUGGUCAGCGGAGGUGAAUCCGAGGAGGAAGAUGAUACUCAUAUGCACAGAUUGAGGUCCACACGAGCCGCACGCGCUGAGUCCGUGAGCUCCGGCGAAGAAGACGAAGAAGAUGAGGGCUUCCACCUGCUCACUGCUGAGAAUCUCUUCUCUACGCUGCUGCACAGGGUGCGCGCGCUGACCACGCGGCUGAACGGCGAGGAGGGCCCCGGGUUCCCGCAGCACCCGCACUCGCUGUUCAACAACCUGCAGUCACCGUUCUUCCACAGCCCUCAUUUACCGAGGAGACAUCUGUUCACACAUAAAUAUGUGGAAAGUAAACGAAGUGUUUCCGAGACACGCGAAGGCUGGGGCCGCGACCGCGACUUCGACUCGAUGUUCAGCUCGCGCCAGCCGCUGCCGCGAGGUAAUAGUAAGAAAUCCGGAAAGCACCAAUCGCGAGCUCAACAAAACGUCGAAUCGAACGCAGAGAGCGGGGCGGAGGGGGCCGCACUGGACCUGAGCUCCAUACAGCUGAGUGAAGCGGAGAUGAAGGCGCUGUCGGGGCUCACGCCAGCGCUGGCGCGGCGGCUGCAACGCCAGCUGCUGGCUCACCUGCCACCCAGCCUGCCACCCGCCGCCGCGCGCCAGCUGCGCCGCACGCUUUCGCUCACUGAGCCCGUGCCCGCCGCCCCGCAAACGGACCGCGCUGAGCCCUCACCCGCAGUCGAUACCCCCGCCCCGAAGUCACCUGAACCUAAAUCCGAACCCGUCACAUACGAAUCGCCGACGUCAUACUGUACGCUGCCGCGGUUGCGUCGGCCGACCUCGGCCCCCCAGACGUCGCCUGAGCGGCCGCCGGGCAGCAGCAUCCGCAGCACGCCGGAGCGGCCGCUGCUAAGCAAGUACCUGUCGCUGGAGGAGCCGAGCGCGCCUGAGAGCGGCAGUUUGCUGUCGGAGCCUAGCUACGCGGCAGCAUACGGCCGCAGGCUCAGUGAGGCCUCUGGUCCGGUGCAUCGCAAGCGCAUUUCUCGCUUCCUGCGCCCGGACUUCUUCGACUCACCGCCAGAUGAAAACGUCUACAUCAAACAUAAGAAAGAAAAGGAGCUUGAAACUCAAAAAAUAUUAAAGGAAAUCCGGGAGAAGAAAAACAAAUCCCUUGAAUCUUCCCCGAUCAUAAAGAACAUGAUAGACGGGGACGCUCCAUUUAGUUUCAAGGACGAUGGCGUGUAUUCUCGAAAAUGCCUCUCGCCGAUCUCCAUUUUAACAACUAAGGAAAGAAGCCGCUCGAAUACUCCCUUUUUCCCUAGUUUAGACAACAUCAAAGAGAGUGCGAUAGAUUCUUCACUCACGAGGGAUACAAAGCCGUAUAAAGAUUUCAGUGAAUUAAAGCAAAAAUCACAAUUCAAUGAGAGUUGCCUCGCUCCUGAUUCUCGGUUGACGAGACCGAAAAGUUAUCCUGUCAAAAAUUUAGAUUCUAUUGAAGAGCCUGUCCAAAGUUUACGAUCGGAAAGAUCAGCUAGCAAAGAAAUUGAAAGCAAGGAAAAUAAUUUACAACGAGAAUCAAAAUUAAUAAGACCCAAAAGCUAUCCUGCCAGUAGUCCUUCUCCGGAAAAAAUGUAUGUUAGCAGAAAUAUUAAGAAAGAUCAAAACUCAGAAAAACCUCCACCAUCUGCAAAGAUCAAUACACCGAGUCCAGAAGUAAAGAAUGAUAUUGAAGUAAGUUUUAGUAUUACUUUACCGAAGAAAAAACUUCAAAAUGUUACAAAGAGUAAUUUGUUGAAAAGUGAAUCAUUGAAUAAAAAUGAAGCUGAAAGCCCAAAAGUGUUAUCAAUUGGCGACAGUUUAGAUUUGAAAAAAUAUAAAGUAAUAAAUAGUGAAACUACAACGGAACAAAAAGAACAUAAGUUGGAAAAUGGAACGGCGACUGUUGAUGUAGGAGAGAAAAAUAGUACCGAAGUAUCAAAUAUCAAAAUAACUAAUAACACGUGUACAAAAGGUGACGAUAAAAUGAAAUCCUCCGAGUUCGAAGGCUCCUCCGAGGCGCCAGCUGAAAAGAAAGGAACGAUAAAGAAGAAAAUAAUAAAGAAAGUUUCUUCAAAAUCAAAGACUGAUGUAGCUUGUAAUCAAGAUACGGGUGAGACAAAACCUACGACGGUGAAGAAAAAGGUUACAAAAAAAGUAAAAGAAAAGAGUUCCGACGAUGGAACAAAACCCACCGUCACAAAGAAGAAGUCCGUGUUGCAAUCGAUAGGGCACAAAUUAGAGAAAUUCGCAUCCAACAAAUCUGCUUCUCCAGAAAAAGUAUCUGAUAAUAAUAUAGUUGCGUGCGAGGUGAAGAAAGAUGGCGGGAAACAGAGCAGGUCCGCACGCGAGAACUCCGUGCCAUUGGGCGCGGAGCCCCCCGCGGCGCCGGGGCUCGCGCGGGCUCUCACUCUCACAGACGUGGCCACUCUCGAGAACCAAAACACUAAUGUAGGAAAAACCACGGUAUCUAAAGUUUUGGGCCUAUUCAAAAAAUUCGAACCCAAAGAAAAAACCUCGAAGCCUGUAGUCGAAAAAUCGAAUAGCGAGAACCUCGAAUCUAGUACCGAUAAUAGCAAGAAGAAAGAAAAUGCGACCGAAGAAGAUAACACAGAAUCUCUCAUUGAUAAGCCCAGAAGGCCCACUUCCCUACUUUUAAAUGGUUUGGGACGUAAAAAGUAUGGAAAGACGACCAGUGACAGUGUUGUGAUGGCGGCGGCGGCAGACGACGAAAUGACUAGCAACAAGAAAGAAAACGAACCGAAGAAUUUAAAGAACACAUUAAAGUUAGAUUUCUCCAGAUUGCCAAGAGUUAAGAAAAUAGUUCCUACUAAUCCUGUGAUAGAACCGCAAUAUAUUAAUAAUUCGCUAGAUGAAAAGGAGACUGAAAAGAAAAAAUCUGAAAAGAACGGCAUAGUUCUAGACGGCAAUACGGUUGUUAAUAAUUCCGAUACUAUAAGUCGCAGUCGGUCCAGAAGUAGGUCAACUAUUUCUAAUUCAGAAAAUAAAUCUGAUCUCAGCGUAGAUUACAAAGCGCACGAUACGAAUCCUACCUCGCCUUCAGAAAAUUUCGUCCAUCAUCCGUUGCGGAAUCACGAGUCUCUUUCACCGGAAAAAGAAGAUAUAGUAGAUAGAAUACGCAGAAAAAGCUUUUAUUCUAGAUUUAACGAAAAGAAGCAACGACGAAAGAGUAAUAUAGUCGGUCCGGGCGCCGCCGAGUACGACCCUCUGGCGCGCAUUCACUCCCCGCCCGCGGAGGCAAAGUUCGACAGCUCUCCCACCUCUCCCGUGACGUCAUACGACUUGUCCCCGGGGUACUCCAUCGCGUCCGAUCUGUCGCCGUCCACCGAACGUUACCGAUCUCUCUUGACGGACCUUCCUGUCAACACUAGAAGUCAUUUGAGAUUCGAUAAUUACGGUCUGAACGAUAAAAUAGAUACGUACCGAUCGCUCGACCGCAGCUCGCUGAGGAAGUACCCCAGCGGCCGCGGCUUCCUGGAGCCGGAGCCGCACGCGCAGCGCUACUCGCGCACCAAGUCGCUGCUGGACAGCUGCGACGCCGAGGAGCCGCCGCUCGCUCUGCGGGACCCGCACAAGUACAACCGGACUAUCUCUAUGUACUCUCCGGGCAACUACGCCACCUACAGACCGAAACGAACUAGAAAUUCUGCUAUCAUACUCAAAGAAAGCGAGAAAGAACCUAGUCCUGAAAAUAUAUUAGACAAAAUAAGACAGAGAAAAAAGAUAUCCAUCAGCGUAACUAGGAAACCGGACUUCGAAAAGGACGCCCCGUCAAGAUCCACUAUCUCACCUAAAGGCGAAAGCGACGGUGCAGAAUGCUCUGAAAAAAUUGACUGAGAGGAACUACUGAGGUCGGCCGCGGCUCCGGAACCUUUGUGAUCUAUUCAAGCAUUUGUUGGCAACUUUUUAUUGUGAAAUUCAGCAGAGGCGCCAAUACCGUUACAUUUUAAUCAUUAUAGUUGACAGAAUCUAGAAACGCUCACACGUUUUAUCAUAAACAUAUAACAUAACAUUAUAAUUGCCAUUAUAUCGUUUUGACACAGGCUUCAACGACAAAUUCUUGCCAAAAUGUAGUCUUAUGUAAAUUUAAUAUAAAAUUGAUCAAUGACAGAAUAUUUACAAGACUGUCUUUAGUGGCAAAUUAGUUACUACAAGGAAUCUCUGUCGAAAAUUUGUUUUAUAAUAUAGUUUAAUUCGGAAUGAUGUGCUGUUUUCUCUCAAUAUAGAAUAUAGUGACUCACUGUUAAUUUAUUAAAUUACUAGUUACGAUUUUUAACUUUUGAUUGUUACAUUUCGCAAUGUGUUUGCACCGUAGCUUUGUUAACAAAAGAAAGCUGAAGUCAAUUUCGCGGUUCUCUUUGUGAAAUAGCAUAUUUGUUAGUACAGUAUGCAGCACGGUGUAGGAACGCUUCUCUUUGGAUAGAACUACAGAUUUAGUGAGCAAAUUGACUAAAGAAAAUUUAUAAUUUGCUAUCAACUUUUGUUGAGCGUUUAUUGUAUGUGCCUUUAUAAACUUAAGUGACUGGAUUUGAUAUUUGUCUAUUUUAUUGAAACAAAUGAAAUGACACGAUUUUUAUGUGUGUGUUUGCACAAAUAUGUUUUUACUCAGUAUGAAUAAUUUUAAUUUUCUCAUAGUUAUAACAAUUUACAUUUUUAUGUGACCCUAAGUCAAUUUUAAGUUUAAUGAAUUUACCACAAAAAGGUGUUUACAUUAAAAUACUGGAUAAAGACUUCUUGGACUGAUUUUAUGUUUUUGUAUUUCUGUCAUACACUGAUUGUCAAGUAUUUAAGUUAAACACCUUUUUAUGAUAGUACAGUAUUGUUUAUCAUAAUCAUAGAUUGAAUGCAGUGCGGUAUUCUACUUAUAAAAUUCUUUAUUCAAUUUUAUUGUAUUCUCUUUCAUUAAAUUACGUUAGAAGAAAUAGAUAGCAAUAGUAUUGAAUAAAGAAUUUUUGAACUGAAAUACCGCCACUUAGUAACAGCAAUCGAAUAGAAUGGUGCUUAGACGAUUUUGUUAGGAGUAACAUUUAUUUAUAGAAAGGACGUGUUAGUUAUCACUCACAUAAUACAUGUAUGUUUCGAACGUUUUGAGAUUUCAGUUUUAUAGGAUUUAAGUAUGUACAGUGAAACAGCGUAGUAUCGUAUACGGAUUUGUUGCAUUAUAAAGUAUAUUUGUUGCCAUCUCAACGCUGAGUGACAUUUUGUUGUAAAUGACGAGCAAUAACAUAUUUCGUUUAUAUAAAUCAGUUUUAACAUUUCACUUCAUCGCCACGAACAUUUAUUUUUCUAGAAUUGAAAUUAUUUAUUAGUGUGUGGUGAUUUUUAAUAUUUUUCAAAUAUGACGUGACGCAGAUACUGUGAUUGUUGUGAUAAAUAUUAAAACUACUAUCACACACGUUUUGUAUUGAAUGUGAAUAAAAUAUAUAGUUGAAAAAUA